GACUCGGAUGACUCGAAUGAUGAUAGUGGCUUGCCAGGUCUCUCUUACUCCGAAUCUGAGUCUGCCACUGUCCGCAAGGACCAGGCGGACAAAUUCGAGAAGUCACGGAAGUCAAGUAAGGACAAAUCGUUGUCGGAAGAGAUUGUUCUGUCAGAUGACGAAAGUGGUUCGACGGACCGGUCUACCGGAUCUUCCAGUGAAUCUGACGAAGUGCACGCGCCCAGGAAAUCGAGAUAUCCUGCCGGUUUUAAGGGCGAGAGAUGGGAUCAGUGGAAGGAUCGGCAGGUCAAUUUGCAGAAGCUCCUCAACCUGGAUCGAUUUCACGAGACUGAAUUUUGUUUUGCAGGCUUUUGGGCAAGGGGACAUGAUAUGCCGGUGUACUGUUUAUCCUGGCACGGCAGCUGGGAAACCCCACGAGGUGUGCCCACAAUGCUCUCAUCGAAGGUACAUACGGCGAUCUGGGGCUCACACCAAUCAAACCGAAUCAAUCACUACCGAAAACAAGAAGAGAACACGAAAGUACAACGCCGAGUACUGUCAGGAACAGCGGGCCGACGACACCAUCGAAAGCUUUGGGUCGUGUAUGGCGGGGAGUUUGUGAUAUUGCGCAUCUACUACGGCUCCGACAAGACGUUGAGUUCUGAUAUCGACCAGGAGAUCCGACUUAGAUUUUCCACUUCCAAAUUCGCUGGUCUUUUCCACCGCGUGAUCUGCGACGAAGGUCAUAAAUUGAAGAACUGCCGGACCAGAAAUGCUACGGCCAUCGACAAGUUAUAUGCACCAAAGAAGUGGAUUGUCACCGCGACUCCGAUGAUCAACUCGGUUGCCGAUCUUCUGGGAUACCUAUAUCUCUUUUGGAAUCCGGCCUGGAAGCUCCUGAUGGACCGCCUAGAUGGCUGGGAGAUUCCCACUACGGCAGAAGAGCUGUACAAGGAGGAAACUUUGGUCACUUUUCGGGAGAAAUGCCCCAACUACCAGGCAAAGUUCGGUGAGGUACCUCUGUUCAUGUUCGACCCUCAACCGUAUGCGGCUUUGAUCAACUCAGGCAAGAUGUCCGUGGCAAAGACGGCCAGUCGAGUUCUGCACGCCCUGCUGUCACGACUCCAACUCCGUUGGACCAUGGCCAGCAAGAUUCAGUUGGGCAACGACCUCACCUACCAACCAGGUAUCAACGUGAUUUUCCAAUCACCGAUCCUAUGUCUGCCUUCGUGGUCUUAUGGUCACCAAAUGAAACCUUGGCUACCAGAACUUUGACAACCACGAGGUGACCUGAAGGCGUCAAAGCUAGUACCCGUGAGAAGGCUACUAUCUAUCGUGAGAACUCCCGGGACAAGAAUGGCAACGAUAAAAAGCGCUACAGAGCCAAGGCGAAGGAGGAGAAGAGGUUCUAGGUCGAGCCUUGUGGUGUCACUUACUACAGCCUCGAAGAAAAUAUCCAGGACAAGGAGUCCAUUGUUGGUGUGUGGGUGGGAACGUCUCGGGGCACCAAAAUCGCCGAGACACUUGAGCUUGCUACCUCUGAGGUCUUGACCUUGCAUAACGUGUCACUCGAUAUGGCGGUCCUAAGCAAG